GGCGCGAACGGAGACCAGACAAACACACACGGCCCGCGCUGCAGCGUUGCCGCCUACCGCCACGGUGCCACCGACGAUCGACCACGACGCUUCCAUGGCUUCCUCUGCUUCCCGCCUCUGCCUUCUCGCCAUCGCGUUCCUCCUCGCCGUCGCCGCACCCCGCGUCGACGCGUGGGGCGGCCGCUUCUUCUUCAGCAAGAUGACGCGCCCCGGGGCAGUCGUCGAGGCCGACAAGGCGGCGGACACGGCCACCGUGGCGACGGAGGGGCUCGACACCAACAGCGCGCCGGCGGCAUUCUCGCGGCCGUCCAGCAACCGCGGCUACGGUCUCUACGGCCGCCCGGAGGAGAACGAGAAGUACCCGCCGGCCUACUUCCGCCGCGGCGUGCACCGCGACGCCGAGAAGCUGACGACCACCAACGUCGUGCCGGAGACAGAGCCGAGGCACGGGGAGGAGGCGGCCGUCCCGGUGCAGGAAGAACAAUCCUCGGGCGAGGAGGAGCCGGCGUUCCCCGCGGACGGCAGCGGCAGGGGGCGGCCGCUGUCGUACAUGCGCCACGGCGGCAAGCACGACCGCGACUACUACGGGAUGAGCGACACGAGGCUGUACCAGAACGGCCGGUACUACUACGACGUGGAGACCGACAAGUACGGGUACGGCUACGAGUCCAACCCGGUGCGGACGGCACGCCCCGAGCCCGAGGACAACGGCUCCGGGUACGGCCGCCCCGGCCGCGAGCGGAGGUACGGCGACGCUGCCGGAGACGAGAACGACAACGACAACGGGGUGGCCGAGAAGCAGAACGACGGCGGCCACCAGGAAAACCAGAACGGGCAGUACAAUCCAUGAGUAAGACGCAUACGAGGGGUUUGUUUUUGCUUGCGACCGUCAGAUACGCUAUGUGGUAGGAGUAUAAUGCUCCUUGCUUGUGUGCUGCAAGCUAGCACGACGUCGUUACUACUUGCUACUUCUACUAUGCUGAAGGAUGAGCUAUCUAGCUGCCGGUGUGGAAUGGUGGUGAAACAUAUUACGUACGGAUGAAUAAUCUGUGUGAGUAAUGCAAUGUCUACUGUUGUUAACAAGUGCUUCUCUACUUCGCUGUUCA